UCCAGCCGCAGCAGCAGCAGGGAGUGUAGCAUCUCCAUCCCCAGUGCGCGUCCAGACCGUCCUUCCCAGCAUGUUUGACGCUGGAGUGGGGAUCCUGCAGAGCUGGUUCUGUGCCUGCUGGCACAGCUCCUGGGUGAUAUACACCUGCGUCCUUCUGGUCCUGUUCAUCUGGGUGGCCAUGGCGACGCAGCACAGCUUCUCCUGGAGACGCAGGAUGGCUCUUCGGAGGAAGAGGACACACCGAAAGAAAAAGCAGAAACCAAAAGCUUUUGGGUGCUGUGAGGAAGAGCUGGAGGAGGCUGGUGCAUCCCUAGAGACAUGCUGCCCUGUGCACCCGAAGAAGCUCCGCUUGGCUCAGCGCCUCAGGCUGGUUGAGAGGAAUCUACAGUACGUGGCCAGACACCGGGAUGAAGUUCUGAUACCGCCGAGUGUGUCGACAUCUGCCACGAGCCAGUUCUCCUACUCCUCUAGGGAAUCCACCACCUCUCCCCUCUGGAGUCCCAGCUCCUUUUCCCUGAGAGAAGCCGCCAUGAUUCAAUCAGAGCCCCUCUGCCACACGGGGGAGAUCAUGCCUGUCGGGGGCUGGGAAGGAUCCGCUCAUCCCAUCCAAGCCCAGCCUCUCCCCAGGCCUCCUGCCCACAGCAGACGAGACCGGCGAGAGCAGACCAUGGAUCUGGACCAGACGUCAAUCCGUGGCUUAGACUUCAACAUCCGCCAGAAGCAUCUGCAGAGUCAACUGGGGGCUCCUACCCCAUACACAGAGUCGCUGGCCAAGAUGAUCCCUAACGUCCCUGCUCUGCGCCCACCGGACAGAGACCCCAGGGUGAAGUUCAACAUGAGCAGGGUCCCUUUCCUAAGCUGUGAAGUCCUGGAGGAACUGGACUGUCACGUGCACACACAGAGACUCCAGCAUGAGCAGCGCUUACCCCUCAGCCCCCAGAAACCCCACACAGCUCUUCUGCCUCCAGCUCCACAAACCCCCAUCCCGGGGGAGCCAUUGCUGGGUGAGCGGGACACCAAGCAGCAAUUGAUAUUAGACACAGAUCGGCCCAAAUGUGGAUUUCCAGCAAAGGUCCCGGAGCCCCUCAGAUCCAACACCAGCCCUCAGCGUGCACAGGCGAUCCAGGAGCCAUGUGUCUGCCCCUCUGGACCCUUGCCUCAAAAGGCCCACAGAAUCCUGGCAUCCCCUGAUGCCAUCCUGGCCAGGCUUGUGCCCACGGUGGUGGUCAAGCUGCAGGAACACAUUGCUCAGAAAUGCUCAGAGAUCCAAAUGGAGGCGUUCCCAAAGAUGGUGAGAGAGUUGCACAGAGAUGCUCCCCUCGUGAGAGAGACGGCAAUAGCAGAGAAGACGCUCACAGCCACACUCCACCUCUAUAGGAGCGAGUUGAGAAAGCCCCUUACCAGUGUGAGCGGCACCAAAGGGACUGAAGAGAAGCUGGAGCUGCACAUGGAGAGGAAGUUUCUCUUGGGAGAAGGCUCUUGUCUGGGGCCAGGGGCACAGGCAGGUGAGGGCAGGGCUGCACACGACCUGCAGCUGAAGCACCUGAUGGAAAUGUUGAGCAGCUCCCGCCCCUUGGCGGGCCAGGUCUCAGUCUGCCAGCAGUGCCGUAAGACAUAUCCAGGAAAGAUGAAGGGUAAGAAAACUCAGGAGGAGACAUCUGCUGAGCUGCAUGGUCUUCGAGACGACAUGGAUCCACAUGGGCUCGAUGGAACUGUGAAUUCGCAGCUCUUCAGGGAUCAGCUGCCAAUUAGUGUCUGCAAGAUGUGCAAGGAGGAAGGCGAACGCAGCUCGGGAGUCGCCGGAGGACAAGGUGAAUGGAAAAUACAUCACUCAGGGCCUGCCUGGUCCUGGCCCUUUAUGAUGCGUCACUGGACCAAACAGCCUCUCAGGAGAGAUCCAGCCGCAGCAGCAGCAGGGAGUGUAGCAUCUCCAUCCCCAGUGCGCGUCCAGACCGUCCUUCCCAGCAUGUUUGACGCUGGAGUGGGGAUCCUGCAGAGCUGGUUCUGUGCCUGCUGGCACAGCUCCUGGGUGAUAUACACCUGCGUCCUUCUGGUCCUGUUCAUCUGGGUGGCCAUGGCGACGCAGCACAGCUUCUCCUGGAGACGCAGGAUGGCUCUUCGGAGGAAGAGGACACACCGAAAGAAAAAGCAGAAACCAAAAGCUUUUGGGUGCUGUGAGGAAGAGCUGGAGGAGGCUGGUGCAUCCCUAGAGACAUGCUGCCCUGUGCACCCGGAGAAGCUCCGCUUGGCUCAGCGCCUCAGGCUGGUUGAGAGGAAUCUACAGUACGUGGCCGGACACCUGGAUGAAGUUCUGAUACCGCCGAGUGUGUCGACAUCUGCCACGAGCCAGUUCUCCUACUCCUCUAGGGAAUCCACCACCUCUCCCCUCUGGAGUCCCAGCUCCUUUUCCCUGAGAGAAGCCGCCAUGAUUCAAUCAGAGCCCCUCUGCCACACAGGGGAGAUCAUGCCUGUCGGGGGCUGGGAAGGAUCCGCUCAUCCCAUCCAAGCCCAGCCUCUCCCCAGGCCUCCUGCCCACAGCAGACGAGACCGGCGAGAGCAGACCAUGGGUCUGGACCAGACGUCAAUCCGUGGCUUAGACUUCAACAUCCGCCAGAAGCAUCUGCAGAGUCAAUUGGGGGCUCCUACCCCAUACACAGCGUCGCUGGCCAAGAUGAUCCCUAACGUCCCUGCUCUGCGCCCACCGGACAGAGACCCCAGGGUGAAGUUCAACAUGAGCAGGGUCCCUUUCCUAAGCUGUGAAGUCCUGGAGGAACUGGACUGUCACGUGCACACAAAGAGACUCCAGCAUGAGCAGGGCUUACCCCUCAGCCCCCAGAAACCCCACACAGCUCUUCUGCCUCCAGCUCCACAAACCCCCAUCCCGGGGGAGCCAUUGCUGGGUGAGCGGGACACCAAGCAGCAAUUGAUAUUAGACACAGAUCGGCCCAAAUGUGGAUUUCCAGCAAAGGUCCCGGAGCCCCUCAGAUCCAACACCAGCCCUCAGCGUGCACAGGCGAUCCAGGAGCCAUGUGUCUGCCCCUCUGGACCCCUGCCUCAAAAGGCCCACAGGAUCAUGGCAUCCCCUGAUGCCAUCCUGGCCAGGCUUGUGCCCACGGUGGUGGUCAAGCUGCAGGAACACAUUGCUCAGAAAUGCUCAGAGAUCCAAAUGGAGGCAUUCCCAAAGAUGGUGAGAGAGUCGCACAGAGAUGCUCCCCUCGUGAGAGAGAUGGCAAUAGCAGAGAAGACGCUCACAGCCACACUCCACCUCUAUAGGAGCGAGUUGAGAAAGCCCCUUACCAGUGUGAGCGGCACCAAAGGGACUGAAGAGAAGCUGGAGCUGCACAUGGAGAGGAAGUUUCUCUUGGGAGAAGGCUCUUGUCUGGGGCCAGGGGCACAGGCAGGUGAGGGCAGGGCUGCACACGACCUGCAGCUGAAGCACCUGAUGGAAAUGUUGAGCAGCUCCCGCCCCUUGGCGGGCCAGGUCUCAGUCUGCCAGCAGUGCCGUAAGACAUAUCCAGGAAAGAUGAAGGGUAAGAAAACUCAGGAGGAGACAUCUGCUGAGCUGCAUGGUCUUCGAGACGACAUGGAUCCACAUGGGCUCGAUGGAACUGUGGUCGCAGCUCUUCAGGAUCAGCUGCCAAUUAGUGUCUGCAAGAACUGCAAGGAGGAAGGCGAACGCACCUCGGGGGAGUCGCCGGAGGACAAGUUACGAGGUUUCAUCCUGCGAGUCUAUCGACGAUGA